GGCUGCUCCCCAGUGCGUCUUGGGCCCGGGUCCCAGCUGCCGCCCCUCUUCUCUUCUCGCUCCAUCCCACGGAGAGGAGUUGAUGCUGCUGUCGCCGCCGCCGCCGCCGAAGCCGGGGCUGAUGGAUGCCAGGGAGUGCCGCAUUGCUUAGCGUCCCCGCCUCCGGGUUUGCUGACGCUCUCUCCCCGCCCUGGAGCUCAGCGCUGAAGAGCCACCUUAUUAUUAAUCAGAAUUCCCAUCGUUAUCCCUGGCAGGCGCAUCCUUCAGUAGGGCCCGCAGAAGCAUCACAGAGCUGGGGCUGAGAUGUGCGUGGGGGUUGUUUUUGUUACAUCUUGGAAGAGAAGAGGACAGGACCAAGAUCAGUGCCAAGCAAGCUGGGUGGGCUUGGGGGCGUUGUGUUAGGAUUGAGGAGAGACAAGGAGUGUUGGGCCCGCCAGAGGUCCACAUCUCUUUAAAGGAAAGGGAAGAGGGAACCAAAGUGAGGCAUUGUUUUUAAGGGGUGGGAAAAGUUUAUAUCCCCCAGAAAAAAAGCUGCGGGAGAGCAGGAGCAACAGGGUACUAGUCUGGACACCAAGACAAAUAAUUUCCUGUACAGAAGAGGAAGCAGGCAGCAGUGAAGUCCAGAGGCCAGAGCCCGGUAGUGGCCAAGGCCAGGUUUGUUGUGGGACAGUCAGCAAGAGGAACGGAAGGUUCAGGAAUAAGCAGAACAAUGACUCAUUUACAAGCUGGUCUCUCUCCUGAGACCCUGGAGAAAGCUCGCUUGGAGCUCAACGAGAACCCAGACACACUGCACCAGGACAUCCAGGAGGUGAGGGAUAUGGUCAUCACCAGGCCGGACAUUGGCUUUCUGCGCACAGAUGAUGCCUUCAUCUUACGCUUCUUGCGGGCCAGGAAGUUUCAUCACUUUGAGGCCUUCCGCCUCCUGGCCCAGUACUUUGAGUACCGGCAGCAGAACCUGGACAUGUUCAAAAGCUUCAAGGCCACUGACCCGGGCAUCAAGCAGGCACUGAAGGAUGGCUUCCCUGGGGGCCUGGCCAAUCUGGACCACUAUGGCAGGAAGAUUCUAGUCCUUUUUGCAGCCAACUGGGAUCAGAGCAGGUACACACUGGUGGAUAUUUUGCGUGCCAUCUUACUUUCUUUAGAAGCCAUGAUUGAAGAUCCUGAGCUUCAAGUGAAUGGAUUUGUUUUAAUCAUAGACUGGAGUAACUUCACCUUCAAGCAAGCCUCCAAACUUACACCAAGCAUGCUGCGAUUGGCUAUUGAAGGCCUUCAGGAUAGUUUCCCAGCACGAUUUGGAGGAAUUCAUUUUGUCAAUCAGCCGUGGUAUAUCCAUGCCCUGUACACCGUGAUCCGGCCUUUCCUAAAGGAGAAGACUCGGAAAAGGAUAUUUUUGCAUGGUAACAACCUGAACAGUCUACACCAACUAAUUCAUCCUGAGAUCCUGCCUUCUGAGUUUGGAGGAAUGCUGCCCCCUUAUGACAUGGGAACAUGGGCAAGAACACUGCUAGACCACGAGUAUGAUGAUGAUAGUGAAUACAAUGUAGACUCCUACAGCAUGCCCAUGAAGGAGGUGGAAAAGGAACUCUCCCCCAAGUCCAUGAAGAGAUCCCAAUCGGUAGUGGAUCCUACAGUAUUAAAACGCAUGGAUAAAAACGAGGAAGAAAACAUGCAGCCUUUGCUCUCCCUGGACUGAUAACUUCUCUGCACUCCCCAUGGAUUAGGAAUGGAAGGUACUUGUUUUCAGCAACAGGGACAGCACUAUGGAGGAAUGACCAGCUGGAAACUUAUUUAUUCAUGUUAAUGUAGCAUAAUAUAAAAUAAGGCAUUGGGCUUUCCCAUUCGCUUGAACCAUGGGUGCCCUGGUCUGGAGUUAAAGAAAAAAAGUCAAUAAUUUAUUCUGUAAGUGCCAAGUUCUCUGUAAAUAUAAUGUAAUCUUCACGUCAAGUUUGUAAACUUUGGUAGUAACUGAAAUUGGAAAAGAUUGGCUCAUGAAUCCAUGCCAGUGAUAUGAACUAUAACAAAAACCAGAAAAGACACAUAUACAAUGGAAGCUAAUUAAAUGUAGCUCUGUUUCCUAUGAAGCCAUAUUUCAGCUCUCAUAGUGAUUGUUUCAAUGUUUUUCUCUGAAACUGUCAUAUUCCAAUGUACUUUUAAUGGACACAGGUAACUAGAUGAUUCUAGGAAAUUAGUAUGAUAAAUGUCUAGUGAUUUCCUGUCUAGUGAUUUUCAUUUCACAGAAAAUGUGUCCUAGUGACUAUCACUGGCCUUGAAUUUUGGAGACAAGGAAUGGCAGAGGAGCUGGUAAACUAAACACUUGAACUCCUCUGUGUUGUUUAAUUUCUGGAGUCUUGUGAAAAGAUAUGUUUCCCAAAUUAAGAUGUGGAAUUCUGAAAACGAGUGGAUUUUUUUUUAAAUUUAUGUCUUCACAGUGUGUCUUUUAUUUGAGAUCCUAUUGUAUCCAUGUUUGAUGUACUUUAAGGACGUUUUCCCAAAAAAACUCUUGAACAAAGAGAAAGAGAACUCAUACGUGAAUAGUGUUUUGACAACUAACUUUGGACAUAAAAGUUGCCAUGUACAGAUAAGGGGCUAAUUUCUAAUUCUUGUGCACUGGUUGGAAAUAUAUAUAUAUAUAUAUAUAUAUUCACAUGCACAUAUAUAUUUUUAUUGAGCUCUAAUAAAUCCUUGAUGUGACAGGCUUAUAAAAUAAAUCAUACAUAUUCAAUGGUCUUAGAGAUUAUAAAUGAUUAUGUGAGAUACUAACUCUGGAAAACUGCUUCCACUAAAGUUAAUGAAAAUGAGGUAUAAUGAAACAGACUUUCAGUGAACCUGUUUUAAGGGAAUUCUAAUUUGAUUUGUAAUGCAAUCUUGAGUCUGUGCCAUUUUAGUGAAAUAUAUUUUUCCUUCACAAAACAACAGUUCUCAACAUGAUGUAGGCAGUACCAGGUGACCAAGAGUAAUAUAAUUUCUCUCAAAUUCAAGUUAAUUAUCUUAAUGGUCCUAUAAGUACAGAUUUUCUUUUCAGAAAAGAUUGAAAGAACAUACUGCAUCCAUAAGACAUAACGAAAGCAUCUGAGGGAAUCUGAGAUAGCAUAUUAUAGUUUAAAUCUAGAUGUGGAAUCCUUAUGUUAGUUUUUAUUUCAUAAAAAUUCUACAAUUAUAGAACAUUUAAAAAAUCUUACUUUAAAUUUCAAAUUCCAGUGUGAAAAAGCAAGAUUUUUACCACCUUUUCAGAGUGCUAAUUUUUGAGAUUGAAAAUUUACCACUGAAAUAUUCUUUUGAAAGAAAAAUAUCUCAAGGAACUCUUGGAAACCAACAGAAAUAAAGGCAUGUAGCAGCCUUUAUAUACUCUUUAGCCAAAAGCUUCAAAAAUUCCACUUACAGUUCUAUACCAAAAUUCUUAAAAUCAAGAUCAGUACACCAACUUAUGGUAUCACGAAUGGACUAUCCAGUGUUGGUAAAAAUACAUAAGCAUAUGUAAAUAAUAGGAUUAAAAUAUACCUUAAAAAUGCCAACCUUAAAUCAAGUCUGGAAGAAUAACAAGUGUCAGACCCUCUGCUCUACCCACAAAUAUUAUAUAGAGAUCAGAAUGAAUUAGAGAUAAAAAGCCACAGCAACUCUUAUCUUUGUAAGUACCCUAACCACAGGAUUCUUAUAUUUGGCCUACCUGACAUACAUUUUAUAGUCUUAGACUUUAUAUAUGAUAGAAGCAAGUGUUAGGCAAUAUGAUGUAUUAGGAUAAAAUAGAAACAAAGUACAGAAAGAUGGUCAACUUUUCAUUCUCCUGUGUUUCUCUUGAUAUACAUUGUUUAUUGCCAAUUUUUAGAAUUCUACCAGCUUCAGAUGUCAACUAGCAUAGCCAGCUUCUUUCCCCUCUCAUAAGGGUAGUGUUGUAAGGUAUAAAAAUAACGAGAAGGGCAUAUUGUACGUGUAUACCUGUCUAACUAUGAUUCCCAUCAUCUCCCUUACCCAACAUCUGGAAAUUUUACAUCCCAUUGCUACGUGUCUGCUCUUCUUCAAAUGAGCAAUUGAGAAUUGGUUGCAUUGUGUAGAAUAUUUUUAAAUGAAUGAACAAAUUACAACAAUGAUGCCUUUUGAAAUUGCUUUAUCUAAUUCAAUCUGUGAGUAAACUCAUUGUCCAGGAAUGUUUUUGGACCUGCUUUUAGUCAAGGGAUAUUUGAUCAACUUUAUAAAUUUCCUUUCAGAAUCAGCUAACUAGCAGCAUUUAGAGAUAUUUUCCACUAGUAUUUCCUGUUAUGUAGCUAUGUCUGUUGUCACAUAACUUAGUAAAUAAGCACCACUCUAUGUCAUUUUAAUUGUGAUAAUGCUCUCUCUCUGUUUUGUGCAUGACUAAGUGUGCACACACGGCUGUUUGCCCUCAUGAAUUUGCCUAGUUUGAAAUCUAUGCUUUCCUUCAUAGCUGUCUUGUUAAAAGGAUUACCACAUUUGAUCUGGAAUGGACCAGUAGUUCUGCUUCUCUCACCCUGCCUGUUCCACCAGCUCUUUCCUAUAUCCUUUCUUUCUUCCCUUGUUUCAGGGGCUGCUGCUUCCAAAGCUGGUUUAAAAAUAAAUCACUUUCCUUUUAUGGUCAGUGAUAUUUGCACACAUUUUGCCUGAUAUCGUCAAAGAAAGAGAUUAUCGUGAAAAUAUACUCUAAGAAAUAUGAAGAAGUGCCUCUUUGAAAAUGAGAUAAAGCAGUGAUACUAGAAUAUGGAUUCUAUUUGUAGUCUUCUCCUGAAAGUAAAUACAUGCAUCUAAAUCAUAAGUGUGAAACUUGAACAUUCCCAGACAGCUUUAAGUCUUUAUUGCAUCAGUUCAAUACCAUAAUUUGAAGACAUUAUUUACAAAUCUGGCGUUACACUAGAAUAUACAAGUCCUUGCAAGGAAGUUUUUAAAGUAGGCAUGCAUGACUUCUUUUAUUUCAGUAAUAGUUUGCAUAGUGUAGGCAGACAUUCCUUAAGUCUUUUCCCAUAAAAUGCUUAUUUAUUUUACAGGACUGAAAAUUCAUACCUUCCUAAGCAGGAAAGCCAGGGAGCUAGGUUCUCUUUAAUAUUGUUAACUGGGUCACAUUGUUAAAUUAAACAUUUGAAGUUUCUGUAAUAUUCCUGAGGGGGCAACGAUCCCUUUAAUGCAUCAAGAAAAUGAAGCAUUGUUUUAGGCCUUGGGGAGCAUGUUUAUCACUCACACACACACACACACAAACCCUUAGAGCCAUGGCAGUGUAUCUCCAGAAACUGACUUCCUUUCCUUCUCCAAACAACCUAAAGGUUUAUGGAUAUGUCUAUGGUCCUUGAGAGAAAUUAUAUCAAGAAAACCUGCUGUGAGGCUAUGUACACUUCCAUUGCUUUAUCUAAAUGUCUAACUCGUCUGGUUAAUACUUUUUUUGAUUAUUUCAUGUGUAUUUAUUAAUGGUUACUUGAAAGUUGCCAUCAGCCAUCAGGACUUUUUUAGAAUGAUUUUCAACCCAUAAAAUAAAAGGAGCAGAGCUCUGGCAUGAUAUUUGAAUUUUUCAGAUAUAGUAUCAUCAAAAAGCUCAUAGGCAAAUAUUCCAUUUAAAUAUGCUAUAUAGCUAUGUAGCCUAAAAAUAGUGGUACAUUUUAAAUUUAUGAGGCUUUUAGAUCACGUAAGAAUCAGCAAGUUGUAUAAAAUAUAUUUGGCACAAACGUGGAAGAUUGGUUAAUUAUUCAGGAUGCAUAAUUAUCUUCAGUAGUAAAAAAGAUUUUUUUCUUUGUUUUAGUUGAAAAAACUUAUUUUCAAUAUGCUAUUGGAACUAUUUAGCACUACCUACUAUUUGAAAGGUGACAAGUAAGAAUACAAAAGGAAGCUUGACUUUGAAACAUUAUUAUAUCAUAUCUUCAUGGCUUAAAGACAUAAUUUUUCACAAAUUCACGUUUUGAUUUGGUAAACAUCCAUAGGUUAACCCCACACAUGGAGAUGCUAUUAGGAAGUCUAUUCUAUGAUGAGUGUGGAAAUGUAUUCCUUUGGAUUUGGGGAAAAAAAAUGUAUAGCAGCAAUUCUGUGGACUGAAAUAACCAAAUUGUACUAUUUUUCAAAGAUGGAGGAUGCAAAUGAUACUGUUGAAAUUCAAACAAAAAAAAGUAUAGAUUAUGCACUUUUAUAAUAGAGAGUAAACAUUGUUACAAUGAAGAAGGUGUUUGGUCAGUAUUGGACUAGUUUCAAGUUUCAAUACAAAUAUCUGUGUCUUUAAUGAUAUCAAUAUGAUUUAUUUUGUCAAAACUAUUUUUGUGGUGAAUGAGAGGGACCUAGAUGAAAAAUCGAAAUAAAUGUUAAUGGAACUUUUAAGAGUGAACUAAUUCUCAAUAACUUUAAAAAAUUGCAGUGGAUGAUAACUGGUUUACAUAUAGCAGAGAUUUCAAGCACUGUCUUUGUUCUAAUCCAGCUUUCAGUUUUCAACUUAUUUAAAAGAUAAAUAAAAUUCUAAAACCAAA